UUCAGUUCUGGGGUGUUUCUUGGACGGGUCAGGAAGUUUGCUCGGUGUGGAACUUGGUGUCGUCGUGGAGGGAUUUUAAUUGGAUUUUCUUGGAUUUUACGGGGGGGAAAACCACUGGAAAGCUGCUCUGUGCGGGAAGUGUGUGUGUGGUUCUGAGCUCCUAACUGAACCGAGCCGAGUCAGAACAUGCCCGUUAGAAAGAAAGACGCCCAGCGGGCCCUGCUGCUCCUGGAGGAGUACCGGAACAAGCUGAACCACACGGAGGACCGGCAGCUCCGGCUCUCCAUCCAGAGAGUCAUCGACAUCUUCCAGAGCAACCUGUUCCAGGCUCUCAUAGAUAUCCAGGAAUUUUACGAAGUGACCUUACUGGACAGCCAGCGGUGGGCGGAGUCUUCCCGGGGGGCGGAGCCGGGCGUGCCGCUCCACCUGUGGGACCUGUCCAGCCUGCAGAGCCCGACCGGAACCUCCGAGACGCUGCCCAGCCUUAGCACCAGCAUCGAGGAGUCCCCCCUCCUUAACGAAAUCCUGCACACCUUGGCGCAGGCCAAGCUGUCCCCCCGCCAUGACGGCCAGAAGUACCGGCACCACGAUGAGGACUCGUCCCCCCAGGACCAGAGCUCCCCCCCCCUCAUGGAGGAGGGGGCGGGGCCAGAGCUGGUCCAGGUCGCCGAGAAGAACCUGAACCAGAUCGAGAACGUCCACGGAUACGUCACCCACGCCCACAUCUCACCUAUGAAGCAGGCCGAGGCCGCCCCGCCCUGCUCUCCUAUAAUCCCUGUGAUCCCCAUCGCUCCAAUCCCAGCCGAGACCUCCGCCAUCCCCGCAGCAUCACAGGCCAAUCCUCCGCCCAUGGUGGUCAACACCGACAGCCUGGACACGCCGCCAUACGUGAACGGGACAGAGGCUGAAUAUGAGUACGAGGAAAUCACACUGGAGAGGGGAAACUCUGGGCUGGGCUUCAGCAUCGCCGGAGGGACCGAUAACCCCCACAUCGGUGAAGACCCCAGCAUCUUCAUCACCAAAGUCAUCCCUGGAGGAGCAGCUGCUCAGGAUGGACGGCUCAGGGUGAACGACGUCAUCCUGCGGGUGAACGAGGUGGACGUCCGGGACGUGACCCACAGCCGGGCCGUGGAGGCGCUGAAGGAGGCGGGGUCUCUGGUGCGCCUCUACAUCCGGCGGAGGAAACCGCUGUCGGAGAAGGUGAUGGAGAUCAAGCUGGUGAAAGGACCCAAAGGUCUGGGCUUCAGCAUCGCGGGCGGCGUCGGGAACCAGCACAUCCCCGGAGACAACAGCAUCUACGUCACCAAGAUCAUCGAAGGCGGCGCCGCGCAGAAGGACGGCAGGCUGCAGAUCGGAGACAAGCUGCUGGCUGUGAACAGCGUCUGUCUGGAGGAGGUGACCCAUGAACACGCCGUCACUGCCUUGAAAAACACUCCUGAUGUUGUCUACUUGAAAGUGGCAAAACCCAACAGUGUCUUCAUGAACGACAGCUUCGCCCCGCCAGACCUCACCAACUCCUACACGCAGCACAUGGAGAACCAUAUCAGUCCCCCCAGCUUCCUGGGCCAGACCCUCCCCCCGCCGGCGUCGUCGGGGCGAUACUCGCCGACGCCAAAGGGCAUUCUGGGAGAAGAUGACGUCACACGGGAGCCGAGGAAGGUGGUUCUGCACCGCGGGGCGACGGGUCUGGGCUUCAACAUCGUGGGCGGCGAGGACGGAGAGGGCAUCUUCAUCUCCUUCAUCCUGGCCGGCGGUCCGGCCGACCUGAGCGGGGAGCUGAGGAAAGGAGACCGCCUGGUGUCGGUAAACGGCGUGGACCUCCGGAACGCCACGCACGAGCAGGCCGCCGCCGCCCUGAAGAACGCCGGCCAGACGGUGACCAUCGUCGCCCACUACAGGCCAGAAGAGUACAGCCGGUUCGAGGCCAAGAUCCACGACCUGCGGGAGCAGAUGAUGAACAGCAGCAUCAGCUCGGGCUCCGGGUCGCUGCGGACGAGUCAGAAGAGGUCUCUCUACGUCAGAGCUCUGUUUGAGUACGACAAGACGCGGGACUCGGGUCUGCCCAGCCAGGGCCUCAACUUCAAGUUCGGGGACAUCCUGCAUGUGGUGAACGCCUCGGACGACGAGUGGUGGCAGGCCCGGCACCUGACGCCUCAGGGGGAGCAGGAGGAGGUGGGGGUGAUCCCCAGCAAGAGGAGAGUGGAGAAGAAGGAGCGAGCGAGAUUAAAGACGGUGAAGUUCAACGCCAAGUCAAGAGACCGAGGGCAGUCCAUCAAUGACAAGCGUAAAAAGAACCUCUUUACCCGAAAGUUUCCUUUCUACAAGAGCAAAGAGCCGAGCGAGCAGGAGACCAGCGACGCCGACCAACACGUGACGUCUAACGCCAGCGAUAGUGAAAGUAGCUACCGUGGGCAGGAUGAGUACGUUCUGUCGUAUGAACCCGUCGUUCAGCAGGAAGUGAACUACACCCGACCCGUCAUCAUCCUCGGCCCGAUGAAGGACCGGAUCAACGACGACCUGAUUUCUGAAUUCCCAGAUAAAUUUGGCUCCUGCGUCCCGCAUACGACCCGGCCCAAACGGGACUACGAGGUGGACGGGCGGGACUACCACUUCGUGGCGUCGCGGGAGCAGAUGGAGAAGGACAUCCAGGAGCACCGCUUCAUCGAGGCGGGCCAGUACAACAACCACCUGUACGGAACCAGCGUGCAGUCCGUCCGCCAGGUGGCCGAGAAGGGGAAGCACUGCAUCCUGGACGUGUCCGGCAACGCCAUCAAGAGGCUGCAGCUGGCGCUGCUGCACCCCAUCGCCAUCUUCAUCAAACCCAAAUCUGUGGAGAACAUCAUGGAGAUGAACAAACGUCUGACAGACGAACAGGGAAGGAAAACCUUCGACCGCGCCGCCAAGCUGGAGCAGGAGUUCACCGAGCACUUCACAGCCGUCGUCCAGGGCGACACGCUGGAGGAGAUCUACGAUCAGGUGAAGCAGAUCAUCGAGGAUCAGUCGGGUCCGUUCAUCUGGGUUCUGUCCAAGGAGAAGCUAUGAGGCGCCGCCCUCCUCUUCAUCACUUACGUUAUUCUGGAAGAAGAGUCCAGCUGCAGAGGCAGCCUCACCGUCCAUCAUCCAACCAUCCAUCCAUCAUCCAUCCAUCCAUCCAUCCUUCCCUCAGUGAUCAGCAGACGGCUUCAUGUUGUUCCACCUGAUUUGGAAGCUCACAGGAAGUGACAUCACACUCGGCACGGUACAGCUCCUUAAUGUUUAAGGACGGAGAACUUCGGAGGAGAAGAGUUCGGAAACGUACGAAGCAGAUUUUCUUCCUUUUUCUUGUUUUUUUUGUGGGUUUUUUCCAGCCGGCUCCGUUUGUCGGGUCGGAGGAAUCAGAGACACAAAAAGCAAAACUUUGCACGUUUGAGCUUUAACAGCAUGUCGGUUUAAAC